CUGGUUCCGGGUCGAGAGGCAGAAACGUUGUGUGAACGGUGCCACUAAACUGGAAGUUUCUCACAAAACUCCGCGGUUUGAGAGUUUAAAACCGGUUAAGCUGGACUGCUUCUGUUUGAUUUCAACAACGAACCCGGACUGAAGUGGAUUAAAGACAAAAUCGAAGGCCUGGAGUAUGUCUCUUCCAAAGCGGGAGGUGGAGGAGUUGAGGCCGUGGGUAGAGCGAACGGUGAAGAAGGUUCUGGGUUUCUCUGAACCCACCGUGGUCACUGCAGCUCUGCACUGUGUGGGGAAGGGCCUGGACAAAAGGAAGACCACAGACCAGCUGCGUCCAUUCCUCGAUGACUCUGCUGGAGGUUUCGUCGAGCGUCUCUUCGAAGCGCUGGAGGAGAGUCGCAUCGCUCGUGGAAACAAAGGAGGAGGAGAGAAGAACCGCAAGAGAGACCUGAAGGACGUGUUCGGAGACGAGCCGGAACCAGGCGUCAUGUGGGAACCUCCCGAGUCGGUUGGAGGGACGACAGCGAAGAGGAAACGAGUUCCUCGCUUUGAGGAGGUGGAGGAGCCGGAGGUGAUUCCUGGACCUCCAGCUGAGAGCCCCGGCAUGCUGACCAAGAUGCAGAUCAAACAGAUGAUGGAAGCCGCCACCAGGCAGAUAGAAGAGAGGAAGAAGCAGCUGAGCUUUGCCUCCUCCGUCCCUGGAGCCACAUCUCAGAUUGACUCCCCUCCAGUCUCGCGGCUCCUUGGCAGCUCCUCUGGUGCCUCCUCCAUCGCUCCUUCUCAGGCGGCCAGCUUCAUGAACGAUGCCAUAGAAAAAGCCCGGAAGGCGGCGGAGCUGCAGGCCCGGAUCCAGUCCCAGCUGGCCAUGAAGCCCGGCAUACUGGGAGUACUGGGAAACAGCGGGCCUCACAACCUGGUGGCUCUGGCUAACCUCCACGCCAUGGGCAUCGCCCCGCCAAAAGUAGAAAUUAAGGAGGUGAACAAGCCGACGCCUCUGAUUCUGGACGAGAAGGGCCGAACAGUGGAUGCCAGCGGGAAGGAGGUGGAGCUCACACACCGGAUGCCCACACUGAAAGCCAACAUCCGAGCGGUGAAACGGGAACAGUUCCGCCAGCAGCUGAAGGAGAAACCCGGAGACGACCUGGAGUCCACGUCUUACUUUGACCAUCGGGUUUCCAUCACGCCGGCUCAGCGCGCCCGACGGGGCUUCAAGUUCCACGACCAGGGCCGCUUCGAGAAGAUCGCUCAGAGGAUCAGGACUAAGGCUCAGCUGGAACGGCUGCAGAAUGAAAUUGCUCAGGCGGCCAAGAAGACGGGAAUCCAGGCGUCGACCAAACUGGCUCUGAUCGCCCCGAAGAAAGAGAUCGGAGAAGGAGAGGUGCCCAACAUCGAGUGGUGGGACUCGUACAUCCUGCCCUCCAACGUAGACAUAAACCCCGACACUAAAUUUGAAGAGUUCGAUCUGUUUGGUGUGACCAACCUGGUGGAACAUCCGGCUCAGAUCAGUCCUCCAGUGGACACAGAUAAACCGGUAACGCUGGGUGUCUAUCUGACCAAGAAAGAACAGAAGAAACUCAGAAGACAAACACGAAGGGAGGGUCAGAAAGAAGUUCAGGAGAAAGUCCGUCUGGGUCUGAUGCCUCCCCCAGAACCUAAAGUGCGAAUCUCCAACCUGAUGAGAGUUUUGGGGACGGAGGCGGUUCAGGAUCCCACCAAAGUGGAAGCUCACGUCAGAGCGCAGAUGGCCAAGAGGCAGAAGGCUCAUGAGGAGGCGAAUGCAGCUCGGAAGCUGACGGCAGAGCAGAGGAAAGAGAAGAAAGUGAAGAAGUUAAAAGAAGACCUGACGGACGGUGUUUACAUUGCGGUGUACAGGAUCCGGAACCUGCAGAACCCUGCUAAGAAGUUUAAGGUGGAGGCCAACGCCAACCAGCUGUACCUGACAGGAACCGUGGUUCUGCACAAAGAUGUCAACCUGGUGGUGGUGGAAGGAGGCCCAAAAUCCCAGAAAAAGUUCAAGAGGCUGAUGAUGCACAGAAUCAAAUGGGAGGAACACAACAGCAAACGAGACGAUCCAGACGGCGACGACGACACCAAGAGGAACAACAGGUGCUGGUUGAUCUGGGAGGGAACGGCUAAAGAGCGAAGCUUCGGGGAGAUGAAGUUCAAGCAGUGUCCUACGGAGAGCAUGGCCCGGGAACACUUCAAGAAGCACGCAACAGAACAUUACUGGGACCUGGCGCUGAGUCAGAGCGUCCUGGAGCCAACGGACGACUGAAGCUGGAGGAGAGCUGAUCGUCCUUCUGGUCCCCUGAAUUCACUCCUUCCUUCCUCCCUUCCUCCCUCCCUUCCUUCCUUCCUUCCUUCCUUCCAUUCUUCCUCCCUUCCUCCCUCCCUUCCUUCCUUCCAUUCUUCCUCCCUUCCUUCCUCCCUUCCUCCCUCCCUCCCUUCCUUCCUUCCUUCCAUUCUUCCUUCCAUUCUUCCUCCCUUCCUUCCUUCCUUCCUUCCUUCCAUUCUUCCUUCCAUCCUUCCUCCCUUCCUUCCAUCCUUCCUUCCUUCCUUCCUCCCUUCCUUCCAUUCUUCCUCCCUUCCUUCCUCCCUCCCUUCCUUCCAUCCUCCCUCCCUUCCUCCCUUCCAUCCUCCCUUCCUUUCAUCCUCCCUCCCUUCCUCCCUUCCUUCCUUCCUCCCUCCCUUCCUUCCUUUCUCCCUUCCUUCCAUCCUCCCUCCCUUCCUUCCUCCCUUCCUUCCAUUCUUCCUCCCUUCCUUCCAUCCUCCCUCCCUUCCUCCCUUCCUUUCAUUCUCCCUCCCUCCCUUCCUUCCUUCCAUCCUUCCUCCCUCCCUUCCUUCCUUCCUUCCUUCCUCCCUUCCUUCCAUCCUCCCUCCCUUCCUUCCAUCCUCCCUCCCUUCCUCCCUUCCUUCCAUCCUCCCUCCCUUCCUUCCAUCCUCCCUCACUUCCAUCCUUCCUCCCUCACUUCCAUCCUUCCUCCCUCCCUUCCUCCCUUCCUUUCUUCCAUCCAUCCUCCCUCCCUUCCUUCCAUCCUCCCUCCCUUCCUCCCUUCCUUCCAUCCUCCCUUCCUUCCUUCCUCUCUUCCUCCCUUCCUUCCAUCCUCCCUCCCUUCCUUCCAUCCUCCCUUCCUUCCUUCCUUCCUCCCUUCCUUCCAUCCUCCCUUCCUUCCUUCCUCUCUUCCUCCCUUCCUUCCAUCCUCCCUCCCUUCCUUCCUUCCUUCCUCCCUUCCUUCCAUCCUCCCUUCCUUCCUUCCUCUCUUCCUCCCUUCCUUCCAUCCUCCCUCCCCUUCCUUCCAUCCUUCCUUCCUUCCUUCCUCUCUUCCUUCCUUCCAUCCAAGGAAGGGCUUCCUUUCUUCCAUCCAUCCUCCCUCCCUUCCAUCCUUCCUCCCUCCUUCCAGACCCUCUAUGCUGACCGUCGUUCCUCGGUGGAUCCCCCAGAGACGUGAACACUAUCUGUGUGGAUCCGGCUGUUUGUCGGCUUCUCUGAUGUUUUCCUAGGAGUGAUUGAAUGCCGUCUGAUAGAUUGCGUGACGAUUGUGUUAAGAGCAGAAGAACCUGCGCUGAUGAUAAACGGUGAACAAACUCGUUGAGACUAAAGCUGAAGGAUGCGAGGUGACGAUGUUGCAGAAUUUAAAAGUUCCCCGUUCAGUUUUUUGUUUUCAGAAACGAACUGUUUGUAACUCGACAGUCAGAGGAAGAAAUAAACCAAAUCUAACCGA